UUCCACGUACCCCAGGUGCAGACAAACCGGCAUACUGCAGCUGUCCGCAGUGGUUAGUCCAGUCCUGUUUAGUGACGUUUAAAGUUAAAGUUCACGCCGUAUAUCUGCAAGGGGAAACUACCUGGACAGAUUAAUCAUUCUCUUUAAAGGUUCUAAGAUGAAGUGCUGUGGUCUGCUAAAUGCUGAGAAGGAACCAGUUCCUCUGAAGAGCGUGGAGGUGGAGCUGGAGGUGAGGGCCCAUGUGGCUACAGUGGUCUCCACUCUGAACUAUGAGAACAAGGAGGACAAACCACUGGAGGCUGUUUUUGUCUUCCCUCUGCCUGGAGAUGCUGCUGUCUGUCACUUCAGUGCUAAGAUUGGACAGACAGAGAUUGUAGCUGAGGUGAAGGAGAAACAGAAGGCUCAUGAGGAGUAUGAUGACGCUUUGAGCUCCGGUCAGCAGGCCUUCCUGUUGGAGGAGAGUGAUCAGAGUCCAGAUAUAUUCUCUCUGAGUGUGGGCAGUCUGCGUCCAGGAGAGAGCGCCUCCAUCAGGCUGGAGUACGUCACUGAGCUGGCUGUGCAGGCUGAUGAAGGGCUGAGGUUUUGUCUGCCUGCUGUGAUCAACCCUCGCUACCAACCUCAGGGAAGUGAAGAUGUUUGUAUCCAGGUGACCUCUGUUCCAGCCUCUCUAGUGCCCUACAGUCUGUCUUUCUCUGCUCGAGUGUCCUCUCCUCGUCCAGUCUCUAAAGUAGAGUCCAACUGUCCCCUGGACGCUCUCCAGUAUCUCAACACAGAGCAAACCCAGGCUACGGUCAAGUUGGUUGGAGGACACAAGUUCGACAGAGAUGUUGAACUGCUGAUUUAUUACAAAGAUGCCCACCAGCCCACUGCUGUGGUGGAGGCAGGACAGGCCUCUGCUAAGCCUGGCUCUCUGAUGGGUGAUCCAGUGGUGAUGCUGAGCCUGUACCCUGAGUUCCCCCAGGCUGUGAUGUCUUCAGUGGCCUCAUGUGGAGAGUUUGUGUUCUUACUGGAUCGAUCUGGCAGUAUGGAUGGGGCCCGUAUAAAGAGUGCCAGGGAAACUCUGCUGCUCCUGUUGAAGAGCUUACCAAUGGGCUGCUAUUUCAACAUCUACAGUUUUGGGUCCAACCAUGAACACAUCUUCUCUGAGAGUGUGGAGUACAGCCAGAAGACCAUGGAAGAGGCUCUGAAAAAAAUUGAGGAGAUGGGCGCUGAUCUGGGAGGAACAGAGAUCCUUGAGCCCCUCAAACACAUUUACAGCCAGCCCUGCAUUCCCAGUCAACCUAGACAGCUAUUUGUCUUUACUGACGGAGAGGUGGGGAACACCAAAGAAGUUAUAAAUCUGGUGAGGAAGAAUUCAGGUUCCCACAGGUGUUUCUCUUUUGGGAUUGGGGAAGGGGCCAGCUCUGCUCUUAUCAACGGGUUGGCCAAGGAAGGAGGAGGUCACGCUCAGUUCAUCACAGAUACUGACAGGAUGCAACCCAAAGUGAUGCAGUCACUGCGUUUUUCUCUGCAACCAGCUGUGAUGGACAUCUCAGUCAAGUGGGAUUUGCCAAAGGGAGUGUCUGUUACUGCUCUCUCUCCACCAAUCACAGCACUUUUCCAGGGUCAAAGGUCACUGGUUUAUGCCCAGCUCACUGGACAGAGUUCAGAGGCAGCGGAGGGCUGUGUGACUGUGAAGUACAGCCUGGCAGGUCAUCCCUCUCAGAACCAGCUCCACUUCAGUCUCAAACCUGCAGAGGACACUGGAUUACCGGUCCACAGGUUGGCUGCUCGGACUCUGAUUGGCUCCCUGGAGAUGGAGGAGAGAGGGAGCGGAGGAGAUAAAGAGGAAGGAGUGAAGAAAAAGGUGGUGGAGCUCAGUGUCCAGUCAGGAGUGAGCAGUGCCUUCACUGCCUUCAUUGCUGUCAACAAAGGAGACGGCGAGGUGCUUCAAGGACCUCUGGUGGUCAGAAAUGUUCCAACACCCAGGAUGAUGGCCUGUUGUAUGCCUAUGCCGCAGUAUCGUAAUUCCAUUUCUCGUCUGAUACCUAUGAGGGACUACUGUUACCAGUCCGAUGUCUCAGAAAGCUGUUUGCCCAAGCAGCCACCCAGAGACCCUUUGCUGCAGCUGGUCUCCCUCCAGAAGGCGUCUGGCUGCUGGGUGCUGGAUCCAGCUCUGGCUGCUGCACUGGGAAAGACCAGCGAGGAGGUGGAAAAGCCCAAGCCUGCAUCGGUGAACCAGGAAGUAUGGGCCACCAUUCUGGCUCUGAUCUGGCUUCAUGGUUUCAAGAUGGAUGCUCAGGAAGAGUGGGAGCUUCUGGCUAUGAAGGCGGUGUCAUGGCUCCAUGCCCAGAAUGCCCCAUGUGUGACAGAGUGUGUGGAAGCUGGAAAUGCUCUGUUGGGGUUCAACGUGCAGAAAGACGCCCUGGGACUCUGAGAUUUUCAUUAGAUCUGCACCAUACUAUUUACCUAGCAACAGUUAAAUCUUGUUCUUUUAUGUUUUCUCUUGUUUUUAUGUUGAUUGGUCUUUUGAAUGUAUACCUAAUUUGGUUCCAACAUUGUAAAAGUAAAGUAAAUGAAGUAAUUACAUACAGAUUUUUGUCAGUUUGUGUUUAACUGAAAAAUAAACUUGGAGCUUUGGACAAAAUGAG